CUGACAAACACAGCCUGACCAAUCAGGACAGCACAAACCCUGAGGUCAAUGGCUUCAAAAGGGGGAAAAAAUCUAUCAUCUGUACCCCAAAGUGGGCCAGUCAGCUCCAACUCGAGUUCACUGGUGUGAAGAAGCAGACGUGUGUGUGCUUCUCUUCUGAGCCUUUGUUCUGCCUUCUCAGUUUGUAGCUUUUAAAGUGGAAGGUUUUAGGUGAGACAAAAUGAAAGCAGCAGGUCUGCUGGGACUCAUCCUGCUGUCAGUCACCACCUUCGCCGCAGAAGAGUCCUGCGUGAGUCGCUGCGGUACCUUCAACCCACUGAAGAAAUGUCAGUGUGACUCCAAGUGUUUGUACUACGGGAGCUGCUGUGGAGACUUUGACACUGUGUGCCCCAAGAAAAUUGCUCGUGGAGAUACGUUCGAGGAACCUGAAGAAAUCAUAAUGACACCACUCUCAACUAAUGUGUAUACAACCACAGCAGCCACCACCACGCCAUCACCAACAGCAGCUGCCACCACACCAUCCAUCGACCCCGUGGCAGCACCCUGCAGCGGCCAUCCUUUUGACGCUUUCUUACAACUGAAGAACGGGUCAAUUUAUGCGUUCAGAGGUGCCUAUUUUUUUGAGUUGGAUGACAAAGCCAUCCUUCCUGGUUACCCCAAACUCACUGAGGAUGUGUGGGGAAUUUCUGGACCCAUUGACGCUGCUUUCACACGCAUCAACUGCCAGGGAAAAACCUACAUCUUCAAGGGCAACAAAUACUGGAGAUUUGAGGGUGAUGUCUUGGAUGCAGACUAUCCGCGUGAAAUUUCUGUUGGUUUUCAAAACAUACCAAAUGCUGUUGAUGCAGCAUUUGCUAUACCAGCACCAAGUCAUCGCGGCAAGGAAAAAGCCUACUUUUUCAAAGGGGACAAGUAUUACCAGUAUGAGUUCAGACAUCAGCCCUCACAUGAAGAGUGCGUGCACAUGAGUGCGUCCUCUCCGUCUGUGCUGUUCACCCAGUACACAGACCUGUUCUGUGAUCAGACAUGGGAGGAUCUCUUUACAAAGCUCUUUGGAGACUCCUUCAGCAGUCUUCCAAAGAUGCCUCGCUUAAUCAGCAGGGACUGGGUGGGCAUCAGGCCUCCUGUGGAUGCUGCCAUGGUGGGACAAGUCUUCCUCACCCCUAAACCCACUCCAUCACCUCCUGCGCCAGCGAGGAGGCCGAGCAACCGCCGGAAGAAGCCAGGCAACAGGAGAGGACAGCAACAAAGGCAGAGUCGCCAGGCAUUCUUGGAGGAUUUAUUUGGUUAUGGUUACAUGUUUGGAGACUACAGCGACUUCAGUGACAUCACUGAUGAAAGCACCGCGCCGCAGCAAGAACGCACACCUGUUCAAAAUGUCUACUUUUUUAAGAGAGAUAAAUACUUCAGGGUGGAUUUGCAGACAAAAAGUGUGGCCUUUGCCAACCCUCCUUACCCACGAUCCAUUGCAAAGUACUGGCUGGGCUGCAAGCAGGAAGACUCAGCUGACACAUCGAAGGCAGAGAAGAAAUAAGUAGACUGACAUGGAAACAAUGGAGAUAUUUAUUUAUGCUUUAUCUCCAACACAGUCAUUACACUCUAAUGAACCUGUAUUAAUUAAUAGAUUUUGUUAUGUUAGCUUGUAGGAAUUCUUCCGUACAUGAUAAAAAAAUGGUGUUUUUAAUUUCAUCCCAUAUUUAGGAUGAAAUUCUGCAUUCAUUAAUAAAUGCAAGAAUACAGUGUUUAUGAGCCUUUUAUAAUAUUGUCCUUGCCUGAAUUGCACAGAGACACACACAGAACUUCUGAAGCUAAGCACAACUCCUGUAACUUAAUAAUGAUAGGAAUAUUAAUCAGUGUUAUCAUCCCUUAAACAACUCAAC